AGUUUCUGGUGGUGCAAGUGCUAAAUUUGUACAGGCCAAUAUACACCACUGGCAGUGGGCACUCAGUAGUAGUACUGGAGUGUUAUACAAUGAUAAAUAUUAAUUUUAGACAAAUAGAAUAAUAAUAAUUAAAUAUUAAUACUUAAUAGGUCAUAGGUGAUGCUAAAUGUUUGAAAUUGAAAUUCGAUUUUUUAUAAUAAAUUACUUAUCACAAUGAUUGAUAAUGAUAACAAAGUGUAAACAUUGCCCAAACUGCAUAUGGCUGCCAGACUUCAAUGAUCGUAAGGAGUCGGCUAUCUAGUCCUGUGCUAGUUACGAGCGUCUCGGGAGCAAAAUUGCGCAACCAAUCAGAGGUGUUCACAUUUCUUAUCAAUAUUUGUUAAAAUCACACUUCUUAUCUUUGUUGACAAUGAGGUGAUAAUAUAUUGAUAUUAUUUUAUUCUGUGAUAUAAUCUUACAGGUGUUAUACUUAAUUAUUAAUAUUAUUAUUAACUAUUAUUAGGUAAUUACUUUUAAUUAUAAUAAUAAUAUGGAAGAGUUGGAAAUUGGAACCGGUAACAUGGAAGAGCUUAAGUGCUUAGUUUGUAAUAAAUAUUUCAGUUACAAAAGAACUUUAAAGCGACAUUCAAUUACUUGUGGAUCUAAGGAAUCAAAAAAUAUUAAUAGCGUGCAAUGCCCUGAUUUGUCGUGUCAUAAAUUAUUCACCAACAAAAAAAUGUUAAAAUGUCAUAUAGAGUCAGACCAUGGUGUGAGAUUACUAAAUGAACAAAAAACGUUUGCAACUCUUCAUGGUAAAUGCGAUUUACUAAAUAUUCACCGAAGAAACUGUGGUAUUAACACAAACAUGUACUUGGAGUCAGUGCAUAAGUGCUUAAAAUAUUAUUAUUUACAUGGUAAAAAAAAUAAGCGAUUAGAUACCUGUAUAAAUGCGCUUUUGAAAUUCACAAGAAAUACAAUUUUUGAGAGGUUUAUUAAAUUGGUUAAAAAUAAAUAUACUGCUAAAGAAGAAAAUAUAAUUAAGAGUCAUAAUAUUGGAGUACAAAUAAACCCUGAAACUAUUAAAGUAAUUGAUGAUAAUCGUUGGGAGAUAUCUGCUAAAAAAACAAAUAUGGCAUAUGAAGUAAUUCACACUAUAGAUGUGUGUAACACUGAAGACUGUCGAUUAGUUUGUCGCAUGUGUAAUAUAUGCAUUCAUAAUUAUACUUGUGAAUGUAAAAAAAAAAUUCUAAUUCCUGCUGCAGAAAUAAAUUUAAUUGAAAAAUCAAUAGUAAAAACAAAUACGGACAAAGAACAUGAACAAUUAAUUCAAAUAAAAAACCAAUUAGAAGCUGGAAUAGGAGUAUUAUCGUCCCUUAUUGCAAGUAAAAGUGAAGUAACUGAAGUACUAAGUUUGUAA